AUGGGGGCCACCGGCGAUGGCUACCCGCUGAGGGAGCGCCCGUUCAAAGACAGCGAGGACGACGACGCCGACGACAAGUACGCGCCGCGCCGCAGCAUCGACGAAGAGGCCCAGUUCCUCGCCGAGGACGAUGACGACAAGCACGACGACGACGACGACGACGACGACGACGCGUACGAGCUCGAGGAGAGCACCUCCAGCACGCCCUCGCUACUCUCCCAGCAAAAGUUCCCUCACACGCCCCAGGGCCGACGGCAACGACAACGACAACGACGCCACUGCCUCUCCGGCCCGCAGCCGCCGCGGACGCACGUCAUCCGGCCCGUGUUCCCCGUCGUCCAGUCGGCGCCGCCGCGGCUGCUCGACCUCGUGGCGCCGACGACGCGCCGCAAGGGCGUCGUCGUCGCCGUGUUCCUCGCGCUCUGGGCCGUCGCCUUCUCGGUGCCGCUGGCCUCGUCGCGCGCCCUCAAGGACGACCUCGGCCGCGACGUGCUCAACCUCGGCUGCGCCGACUCGCUGUGGCGCUUCAAGAACGGCUGCGGCCUCGACGGCGCCGACUGCCGCCCGUUCAACAACGCGAGCUUCACGUUCCGGUGCCCGGCGAACUGCAUGGCGCACCAGCUGCUGAACCCGCACGCCGUCGGGCCCAAGGAGGUUGUGUACCGGCCGCUCGUCGUGGGCGGCGGUGGUGGCAACGGAAGUGAUGCUAAUGCCGAUGCUGAUGUCAAUACUAACGUUGACGGCGGCAUCUACCGCGCCGACUCGAUGAUCUGCGCCUCGGCGAUCCACGCCGGCAUCGUGACGGACCUCAGCGGCGGGUGCGGCCGCCUCGACCGCGUCGGCCAGCACGAGAGGUUCAACGCGUCGACGAGGAACGGCGUCGAGACGGUCGCCUUCGACUCGUACUUCCCGUCCUCCUUCACCCUGGCCGCCGCCGACCCCUCGCUCCGGUGCCCGGCGUCCGACCCGCGCGAGGCCCUGCUGCCGACCUCGCUCUUCUUUUCGACGCUCUUCUCGCUCUUCACGACGUCGCCGGCCUGGCAGCUGGCCGUCUCCUUCGUCGGCAUCUUCGCCCACGUCAGCUUCGCCUCCGACCCGCCCCCGGCCUCGCGCCACGCCGCCUCCGUCCUGCCGGACCGCAUCUCCAUGUUCGCCGGCCGCCUCCUCCCGGCCGCCUUCUGCGCCGCCGUGCUCUACCGCCUCUGCGUCCGCCGCACCCUCGCCGGCCUCGCCGCGCAGUUCGAGAAGACGGCCCUCUGGCUCGGCGGCUUCUGGUUCGGCGCGCUGUCCAACUACACCUUUGGCUGGAUGCCGAUCCAGCGCCUCACGGCCCACGACAUUGAGCAGCAGCCCGGCGCGAAGCCCGCGCUGGCGUUUAUCCUCGUCGUGCUGACCUUCAUCAUGGCCAAGCAGGUCUACUUCUUCUGGCUCGAGGGCCGCCUGCCGCGCUUCCUCGCCCUCUACGCCCUGUUCCUCGCCGCCAUCGUCGCGGGGCUCUCGGUGCCGGGCGUCGACCUGCGCGUCCACCACUACAUCAUGGCCUUUUUGCUGCUGCCGGGCACGAGCAUGCAGACGCGCUCCUCGCUCUUCUACCAGGGCAUGCUGCUGGGGCUCUUCGUCAACGGCAUCGCCCGCUGGGGGUUCGACUCGGUCCUCCAGACGCCCGACGACCUCCGCGAGGACGGCGCCUUCGGGUCCCUGCUCCCGGAGAUCGCCGCGCCCAUCAUCUCGUCCGGCUCGUUCGAGCCCAGCAUCAGCUUCAGCUGGGUGCUGCCGACCGACGCCAACGCCGUCGUCGCCGCCGGGUUCGACGGCAUCAGCGCGCUGGUCAACGACGUCGAGCGGUUCCGGUACUACUUCGCCGACGGGGCGGACGACAACGUCUUCAUCUGGAUGCGCAAGGCCAGGAUGGCGCUGCCCGAGUAUUUCCGGUUCGCGUACAUCAAGGACGGCGUCACGCUAGACUACACGCAGGCCGGGACGUGGUUCGCCAACGGCACAUGGGCGAUGGCGCCCUCGCAUUAG